AUGUGUGGUAUCUUCGGAUACAUCAACUACUUCGUGGAGAAGGACCGCAAGUACAUCAUCGACACAUUGGUCAAUGGCCUCUCCCGUCUAGAGUACCGCGGCUACGACUCCGCCGGUCUCGCCGUCGACGGCGACAAGAAGAAUGAAGUCCUCGCCUUUAAAGAGGUGGGCAAAGUCGCCAAGCUUAAGGCCCUCAUCGAGGAGGAGAAGCCGGACCUCACAAAAGUCUUCGACAAUCACGCCGGUAUCGCACACACUCGCUGGGCCACCCACGGCCCUCCAUCGCGAGUCAACUGCCAUCCUCACCGCUCCGACCCCAAAUGGCAGUUCGCCGUGGUGCACAAUGGCAUCAUCACCAACUACAAAGAGCUGAAGGCGUUCUUGGAGACCAAAGGUUUCCGAUUCGAGACUGAGACGGAUACGGAGGCUAUUGCGAAGUUGGCCAAGUAUAUCUACGAUGAGCACUCGUCCAUCGAUUUCACGACUUUGGUCAAGGCGGUCAUCAAGGAACUGCAGGGCGCUUUCGGUCUGUUGAUGAAGAGUGUGCACUUCCCGGGCGAGGUCGUGGCCGCGAGGAAAGGAUCUCCCCUCGUCAUCGGCGUACGAACAGCGAAGAAGAUGAAGGUCGACUUCGUGGACGUCGAGUUCGCCGAGGACGGUGCCGCCCUGCCAGCCGAGCGCGCCAGCCAGAACGUCGCCCUCAAGAAGCAGAGCGGGCUUAGCGCCGGUCUUGGUGCCGGCCUCCUCGCCCCGCCCGACAAGUCGCUCCUCCACCGCUCCCAAUCCCGCGCCUUCCUCUCCGACGACGGCCUCCCUCAAGCCGCCGAAUUCUUCCUCUCCUCUGACCCCUCCGCCAUCAUCGAACACACCAAGAAAGUGCUCUACCUCGAAGACGAUGACAUCGCCCACAUCCACGAGGGUCAGCUCAACAUCCACCGUGUGGGCAAGACCGACGGCAUCAGCAAUGUGCGUGCCAUCCAGACGCUGGAGAUUGAGCUGCAAGAGAUCAUGAAGGGACGUUUCGAUCACUUCAUGCAGAAGGAGAUUUUCGAGCAGCCCGAGUCUGUUAUCAACGCUAUGCGUGGACGUCUCAAUGCGAAGGAGAAGACGGUCACGCUGGGUGGACUGAGGCAAUACAUCACCACGAUCCGUCGUUGCCGGAGGCUGAUAUUCAUCGCUUGUGGUACUUCCUUCCACUCGUGUAUGGCGGUGCGCGGCGCCUUUGAGGAGUUGACGGAACUCCCCAUCUCGGUCGAGCUGGCGUCGGACUUCCUGGAUCGUCAGGCUCCAGUCUUCCGUGACGAUACUUGCGUGUUCGUCUCGCAAUCUGGUGAGACGGCUGAUUCACUCAUGGCGCUGCGAUACUGCUUGGAGCGCGGUGCUCUGACAGUCGGUUUCGUCAACGUGGUCGGCUCGUCGAUCUCGCUCAUGACACACUGCGGUGUCCACAUCAACGCUGGUCCCGAGAUCGGUGUGGCUUCCACCAAGGCUUACACCUCGCAGUUCGUCUGCAUGAUCAUGUUUGCUUUGUCGCUUUCCGAGGACCGUGCAAGCAAGACUCAGAGGAGGCUGGAGAUUAUGGAUGGGUUGGCCAAGGUGUCGGAUCAGUUCAAGGAGAUCUUGAAGCUGGACCAGAGCAUCAAGGAGUUGUGCUUGAAGUUCAAGGAUCAGAAGUCGUUGUUGCUUCUGGGCCGUGGUGCUCAGCACGCGACUGCUUUGGAGGGUGAGUUUACAUUUUCCACCAAUGAUACGUUCUUCCUCGUUAACAUGAAUAUCUUAGGCGCCCUCAAAAUCAAAGAAAUCUCCUACCUCCACUGCGAAGCCGUCAUGUCCGGCGAAUUGAAACACGGCGUCCUGGCCCUCGUCGACGAGAACCUCCCCAUCGUCAUGAUCCUGACCCGAGAUGACAUCUUCGCCAAGUCACUCAAUGCCUAUCAGCAGGUCAUUGCCCGCAGCGGUCGUCCCAUCGUCAUCUGCAAUACGGGGGACAAGGAGUUCCCGGGCGAGAAGACGGAUAAGAUUGAGGUGCCGCAUACGGUGGAUAUUCUGCAGGGACUGUUGAAUGUGAUUCCUUUGCAAUUGAUGGCUUAUUGGUUGGCGGUUGCGGAGGGGUUGAAUGUGGAUUUCCCAAGGAAUUUGGCGAAGAGUGUUACGGUCGAGUAG